AUGAUCGGUCGGCUUGGUUCGAGACGCUUUCUCGGAAGCGCUGCACAAGCGCGUCAGUUGAUCUACAGCGAAUACGGAGACCCGGCAAAGGUUGUUACUUAUCGUGAGGAGCCAUUGAAAAGCAGCUUGGAAGAUCAAGAAGUGCAUAUCAAAUGGCAGGCGGCACCGAUAAAUCCGGCGGAUAUAAAUCAGAUUCAGGGCGUCUAUCCAGUGAAACCACCUAUGCCCGCCGUCGCUGGAUCUGAGGGCUUCGGCAUUGUUGAAGCGAUCGGCUCCGCUGUCAAAACAGUCAAAGUCGGCGACCACGUCAUCCCCGCCAAGUCCGGCCUCGGCACCUGGCGCUCGGACGCUAUUUUGGGAGAAACUCACGUCUUUAAAAUCGACGCGUCCCUCGCCCCGGAAUACAAAGCUACGCUGCAGGUCAACCCACCGACAGCCUAUCGUAUGCUGAAGGAUUUCGUUGAUCUGAAGCCCGGGGACACUGUCAUCCAGAAUGGAGCAAAUUCUGCUGUCGGCCAGGCGGUUAUUCAGAUUUGCCGAGCUCGAGACCUAAAGUCGGUUAACGUGAUCCGUAAACGACCGGAUGAAGCAGCGCAGAAAAGGCUAGAAGAUGAACUCAGGGGACUUGGAGCUGACGUUGUACUGACAGAAGACAGAAUCUCGAGGGACUACCGUAACCACAACGACAAUGUGCGCUUGGCGCUGAACUGCGUCGGAGGUCGUUCCUCGCUCCUUCUGGCGAUGACGAUGUCCCAUGGCGGAGUGAUGGUUACUUAUGGAGGAAUGAGCAAGCAGCCACUUUCUAUUCCGACGUCUUCCUUGAUCUUCAAAGACACUCGAUUUGCCGGUUUCUGGAUGAGUCGUUGGUAUGAGCAGGCCGAGAAUCUCGAGGAACGCCACGCCAUGUACAAAGAGCUUGGAGACUGGAUGAAGGCGGGCAAGUUGCGACACCCGAAAAUCGAAAUUAAGCGGCUUUCUGAACAUGCCAACGCGCUAGAAAAGGCCCAAAUCGACCACAGCUGCAAACAAGUCUUCGCUCCAAAUGCC